AGGGGGCGGGGGGAGAUGUUGAGCCUUCAGGGGACGAGGAGGCGGCGGCAGCAGAGGAGAGAGCGGGAGGAGGGAGGGAAGGCAGGAAGAGGGCAACCGAAGGCCGGGCCAGGUGGCUCGACCGGGUGCUGGCUGCGCUGCUCUCGGUUCCGACGGCCUCUCUCAUGCGUUGAGGGCGCCCGGCUGGGCCGGACCGGCGGCCGGAGGGGAGGCUCCUCUCCAUGGUCCAGAAGACCAGCAUGUCCCGGGGCCCUUACGCAUCCUCCCAGGAGAUCCCCAUGGAGGUCUUCGACCCCAGCCCACAGUUUUAGGUCUCCAAGAGCUGAGAGCUGCAACUCCCCUCCCCACUCUGCGAAAAACAAGGCAAGAGUUGGGCAUGGGGAAAGCCAAGCUGGGCCUGGGUUGGCGAAUCCUCUUCUCUCUGGGGGCCACAGGCACACUCAGCCCCGCUCUGCUCCAGCUGAGGGCAAAUACAGCAAGAGGAAAGGGCGGUUCAAAAGGUCGGAUGGGAGCACAUCCUCGGAUACAACAUCCAACAGCUUUGUCCGCCAGGGAUCAGCAGAGUCCUAUACCAGCCGUCCAUCAGACUCCGAUGUGUCUCUGGAGGAGGACCGGGAAGCCUUAAGGAAGGAGGCAGAGCGCCAGGCAUUAGCCCAGCUCGAGAAAGCCAAGACCAAGCCAGUGGCAUUUGCUGUGCGGACAAAUGUCGGCUACAACCCAUCUCUAGGGGAUGAGGUGCCUGUUCAGGGAGUGGCCAUCACCUUCGAGCCCAAGGACUUCCUGCACAUCAAAGAGAAAUACAAUAAUGACUGGUGGAUUGGGCGACUGGUGAAGGAGGGCUGUGAGGUUGGCUUCAUCCCCAGCCCUGUCAAACUGGACAGCCUGCGUCUGCUGCAGGAACAGAAGCUGCGCCAGAACCGCCUCAGCUCCAGCAAAUCAGGUGACAACUCCAGCUCCAGUCUGGGAGACGUGGUGACUGGCACCCGCCGCCCCACGCCCCCUGCCAGUGGUAAUGAAAUGACUAACUUAGCCUUUGAACUAGACCCCCUGGAGUUAGAGGAUGAGGAGGCAGAGCUCGGUGAGCAUAGUGGCUCUGCCAAGACUAGCGUUAGCAGUGUCACCACCCCGCCACCCCACGGCAAGCGCAUCCCCUUCUUCAAGAAGACAGAGCAUGUGCCCCCCUAUGACGUGGUACCUUCCAUGAGGCCCAUCAUCCUGGUGGGACCGUCGCUCAAGGGCUAUGAGGUUACAGACAUGAUGCAGAAAGCUUUAUUUGACUUCUUGAAGCAUCGGUUUGAUGGCAGGAUCUCCAUCACUCGUGUGACAGCGGACAUUUCCCUGGCUAAGCGCUCAGUCCUCAACAACCCCAGCAAACACAUCAUCAUCGAGCGUUCAAACACACGCUCCAGCCUGGCUGAGGUUCAGAGCGAGAUCGAGCGAAUCUUCGAGCUAGCCCGGACCCUUCAGUUGGUUGCUCUGGAUGCCGACACCAUCAACCACCCAGCCCAGCUCUCCAAGACCUCACUGGCCCCCAUCAUUGUUUACAUCAAGAUCACCUCUCCCAAGGUUCUUCAGAGGCUCAUCAAGUCUCGAGGGAAGUCUCAGUCCAAACACCUCAAUGUGCAAAUAGCAGCCUCGGAGAAGCUCGCGCAGUGUCCCCCCGAAAUGUUUGACAUCAUCCUGGAUGAGAAUCAACUGGAGGAUGCCUGCGAGCAUUUGGCUGAGUACUUGGAAGCCUAUUGGAAGGCCACACACCCGCCCAGCAGCACUCCGCCCAAUCCGCUGCUGAACCGCACCAUGGCUACUGCAGCCCUUGCCGCCAGCCCCGCCCCUGUCUCCAACCUCCAGGGACCAUACCUUGCUUCCGGGGACCAGUCGCUGGAACGGGCCACCGGGGAGCACGCCAGCGUGCACGAGUACCCGGGAGAGCUGGGCCAGCCCCCAGGCCUUUACCCCAGCAGCCAGCCGCCAGGCCGGGCGGGCACCCUGCGGGCACUGUCCCACCAAGACACGUUUGAUGCCGACACCCCUGGCAACCGAAACUCUGCCUACACGGAGCUGGGAGACUCAUGUGUGGACAUGGAGACUGACCCCUCCGAGGGGCCAGGGCUUGGAGACCCUGCAGGGGGCAGCACCCCACCAGCCCGACAGGGAUCCUGGGAGGAUGAGGAAGACUAUGAAGAGGAGCUGACCAACAACCGGAACCGCGGCCGGAAUAAGGCGCGCUAUUGCGCGGAGGGCGGCGGUCCAGUUCUGGGACGCAACAAGAAUGAGCUGCAGGGUUGGGGGCGGGGCGUCUACAUCCGCUGAGAGGCAGGGGCCACA